CUCGGGGUCACGGCUGCGUCGGAUGGCCUGCAGCCAGUGGACUUUAUAAUGGGCGCCUUAUGGUGUCCUUUAUUCCGUCGUCGUUCCGUCUUGUAAAUAUCGAGCGCCUACUCUCCCGACUGGGCACUGGGUCCUGGAUGAACCACAAUUUCGGUCACCACUUAGCAUUCUGUGUCUUUUUCGAGACUUUUACAGCUGGAAAUCAUCUGAGCAAAUCUGUUUGCAAAUGGGAAAAGGCCGGGGUCAGAGGUGGAGUUUCUUGCCCAAUCUUUCCCAGCUGUUCUUUGUGCUACUCUGUUGAGCCCACUUGCUGCUUUAUCGUAAGUAGCUGUAUUUUCAUGUCUCCUUUCCCUCCUGGAUAGAAAGUGGCAUCUUAGCCUCAUCAUAUUACCUUUUUGGUGACUAGUUUGUUACUUUGUCAGUUUGUCAUUUUGCUACUGGAAAUGGAGAUUGGCAGUAGAGCUGUUUAGAGCAAAUUCAUACUUAACACUGCCUGAGUAGACACUAGGUGGCAACACUGCAGACAGAUAGCAUUUGGGGAUUGGACAAUGGAAUGGAAUGCUGUAAGGAAUAAGCCACUGGCCAAUCCUACCUCUCAUUUUUUGCAGUAAAAAAAGAAACAAAUCUAGGAGCCAGAGAUAGGAGUGACUUGCUCAACAACUGUUGUGUGGCAAAUGAAUUACCAGUUAUAUUGGUAUAGGAGUAUUAGCUCUUAAGUUGUGAAGUAAGUUAGUAGUAAGGGAUUCUGGUUGCCAGCUGAUGGUUUAAUGUGAGUACUCUUGUGUGUCUAGAUCAAAUGAUGCUGUUUGGAAAAAUUUCCCAUCAGUUGUGUGGCUUAAAGAAACUCCCAUGGUCACGUGACUCCAGGUAUUUCUGGGAAUGGCUGAACACCGUGUUCAAUAAAGUGGAUUAUGAACGCAUCAGGGAUGUUGGUCCUGACAGGGCCGCAUCUGAGUGGUUGCUGCGCUGUGGGGCCACAGUGCGCUACCAUGGCCAGGAUAAGUGGCAGAAGGAUUACAACCGCCUCCCAACAGGCCCUCUGAACAAGUACAAGAUUCAAGCCAUUGAUGCCACCGACUCUUGUAUCAUGAACAUUGGAUUUGAUCACAUGGUGGGCCUAGAGCAUGUUGAAAAAAUAAAGUUAUGUAAGUGUCAUUAUAUUGAAGAUAACUGUUUGCAGAAGCUUAGUCAACUUGAAAACUUACAGAAAAGCCUAUUGGAAAUGGAAAUCAUUGCCUGUGGGAAUGUCACAGACAACGGCAUCCUUGCUUUGCUUGGUUUCAGAAACCUCAAGUAUUUGUUCUUAAGUGAUCUUCCUGGAAUAAAAGACAAAGAAUAUAUCGCCAAAUCCUUUAAGACAGCACUGCCUUCUUUAGAAAUAAAGUUAAACUUGAAGUAAAAGAAUAAGCAUCUUAUU